AACUCCUUUUCCACCAACCGUUCCCUCUCGCAUGCCCUUCAGUAAUGCUCGCACAUGACCCACCUCCACCUCCUCCCACACAGCACCAAGGUAAGCAGUAUCCAGGCAUGGAAACGGUGCAUGUCCCUUGCGCAACGCUGCACCACCAUGCGUCAACUCAAGCCCAUCCACGCCAUCUUCCUCACCAACGGUCUCCACCACAACAACUACGCCAUCGCCAAACUCAUCACCUUUUGCGCUCUCUCCGACACCGGCAACCUCUCUUACGCUUCCCUCAUGUUCAGCAAAAUUCAAGCACCCAAUUCAUUUAUUUACAACGCCCUUAUCAGAGCUUAUUCCCGCGGUUCACAGCCUCAACUUGCUCUGCAUUACUUCCAACUCAUGUUGAAAGAUACUAACUUAGCUCCCGACCACCACUCGUUUCAUUUCGUUCUUUUGGCUUGCUCGAAUGCCAAAUGGGUACUUUUGGGCAAGCAAAUUCACAAUUUGAUAGUAAAAAAUGGAUUGGUUUUAUUUGAUGGUCAUGUUCAGACAGCAGUAAUCAGAGUUUAUGCUGACUGUAAGGUUUUGGCUGAUGCGCGGAAAAUGUUCGAUGAAAUUCCUUGUUUAGAUGUUAUUCAGUGGAAUGUUCUUAUGAAUGGGUAUGUUAAGUGUAAUUUGGCUGCUGAGUCUUUGAAGCUUUUCCGGGAUAUGUUGGUGUUUGGAGUUGAGCCUGAUGAAUUUUGUGUAACUACUGUGCUUACGGCUUGUGCUCAGAUGGGUGCGCUUUGGCAGGGGAAAUGGAUUCAUGAGUAUGUUAAGAAGAGGAAAAGGAUGGAAUUGGAUGUGUUUGUCAUGACGGCACUGGUUGAUAUGUAUGCCAAGUGUGGGUGUAUAGACAUGGCUGAGGAAGUCUUUGUGAGAAUGCCUAAAAGGAAUGUGUUCUCAUGGGCAGCCAUGAUUGGAGGGCUGGCAGUUCAUGGGUACGCGAGGAAGGCGAUUCAUUGCUUGGAGAGGAUGCAGGUAGAUGACAGGCUGAAGCCAGAUGGGGUUGUCCUUCUUGGAGUUCUAAUGGCAUGCACACAUGCAGGACUCCAAGAGGAAGCCCAAUUGCUGUUGGAUAACAUGGAAGCUCGAUAUGGCAUUAGACCCAAGCAUGAGCACUAUAGUUGCAUGGUGGACUUACUGUGUAGAGCAGGUCGAUUAGAUGAAGCACUUCAGUUCACAAGAAGAAUGCCAAUGAAGCCACUUGCUUCUGUAUGGGGUGCUUUGCUGAGUGGUUGUCGAAUUCAUAAUAAUGUUCACCUUGCAGAGCUUGCUGUUGAAGAGCUUCUAGUGCUAGAAAAUGAUGGGGCAGAAGAAGAUGGAGCUUAUGUUCAGUUGUCUAACAUUUAUUUGGGUGUACGGAGAGGUGAAGAUGCACGUAGGUUAAGGAGGAUGAUCGGUGAUACAGGACUUAAGAAAACACCAGGUUGUAGCAUGAUAGAGGUGGAUGGCAGAGUGAAUGAGUUUGUUUCAGGAGAUGUAUCUCAUUUGCAUGGUGCUCAGAUACGUGCAAUGCUAGAGCUACUGUCCCUUGAGUUAGUUUAAUAUCCUUGUUAGAAUGUACUAUAGGAUCUGCAUAGAUACAACAGAUAUGGUUUGAUAUUGCAAAUUCUUAUUCAAUGAAUUGUUAAUACUCCAAUGAGCUUAAAAUUCUGCAAAUUGCACUUACAGCCACAGGUUCUCUUCUUUGAAGCUGUGCAGUAGAUUUGUUUCCGGGAAAUUCCACCAUUAUCACACCACAGUUCAUUUAUUUAAUCGAAGCCA